AUGGCAGUGGAUAAAAAAUAUAAUGAUGAAAAAGAGAUAGAUCAUUUAAAUAUAUUGCAAAAAUUUGGAAAGUAUCAAAUUGUUCAAUACGCUUUGAUAUGUCUGCCUACAAUUUUUAUUUCUAUGAAUAAUGUUAACUAUGUGUUCGUAGCGGGGGAUAUAGAAUACAGAUGUCGUGCACCAGAAUGCGAAUCCGAUAAUAGUAACUUGUCGUAUGCAUGGCUGCAAGGUAUCAAACGAUGCAACCAACCCAAUCUAAAUGCGCACACUUUACAAGCAAAUUUAAAUGAUAUUGCUUUGUUAUCGAAUUUUAGCGAAUGCAAAGAAUGGAUAUACGCCAGUAACAAUACGAUCGUUGCUUGGCUAGAUCUGGCAUGCAAGCCGUGGAAGACAAGCUUUGUAGGAACAGUACACAGCAUUGGAAUGGUCGUUGGGAUGACGUUUGGGGGAUGGGCUUCUGACACCUUUGGACGUAAACCUACAGUUAUAUUUGCUUUUCUUGCAACAAGUAUUGGCUGUAUAAAGACCACUGUGCCAUAUUAUUAUGGCUAUAUAUUCAUCGAAUUAAUAGAAUCUUUUACAUCGGGCGCAGCUUUCACAGCCGGAAUGAUAUUAAUGAUCGAGAUAAGUGGUAACGACAAGAGAGUACUCUCAGGGGUUGUAUAUGCAUAUGCGAUUUACUUUGGUGAAGGAUUGCUUGCUUUUACAGCCAUGUUAGUGCAAUAUUGGAAGACGAUUAUUUAUAUUAUAUGUGCACCUUCAAUUUUGUUUAUAUCUUACAUUAUGAUUUUAAAAGAGAGUCCAAGAUGGUUAGUUCUGCAUAAUGAAUUUGAAAAAGCAAAAGAUAUUUUGAUAUUGAUAAGGAAAUAUAAUAAAAUUAAUGUGAGCGCUGAAGAUUUACGUGAGUUAAAUGAAGAGGCACUUAGAUUUAUUUGUAACACUGAAAUUAAUACGAAGAAAGAGGGUUAUAUUGAAGUAUUCAAGUGUAUAGAAAUGGUGAAAAGGUUGAUAGUCGCCUCUGUCGCUAGGUUUUCAGUGACUUUUAUUUACUACGGUCUUAUGGUCAGUUCUGUUUGGUUGCCGGGAAAUAAAUAUACCAAUUAUAUUUUAACGGCAUUAAUGUCCUUUCCUGGUGAUAUAUUGGCUUUGUACUUUUUGAGCAAAUUUGGUAGAAGAAUGCCUUUAGUUUAUGGAUACCUAAUAUGUGGCGCAGUGUGCGUCGUCACUGGUUAUGUACCCGAGGCUUACUUCUGGUUGAAGAUAUUAUUAUACUUAGUUGGCAAGCUGACAGUGGCAGCUUGUUUCACGGGAAUAUGGACUUAUACAAUGGAAUUGUUCCCUACGAGUGUGCGAGGGUCGAUGUUCGGGCUGGUCACAAUUAUAGCGGGUGCGGGCUCUAUGCUUGCUCCUUUGACACCAGCUUUGAAUACAAUUUCUCCAGUUUUUUCAUCUCUUUUCUACGGAGCUUCCGCCAUUUCAUCGAGCAUCUUACUUUUAUUCACUCCAGAAACCAAAGGCCUUCCGCUUCCGGCUACUAUUGAGGAUGUUAUUAAUGCUAUGAAAGACAAAAAAAUUAAGAAGAACAAUAACGGAAUAGAAAACCAUGGUUUCGAUCAUGAGUACUCUGUUACUACACGCAUG